GACAUGCAUUAGCCACGUCAGUCUUGUGAAGAAUACCCUGACUCGUUGUAGGAGAGAUUUUAAUUAUUCUGUCAUAAUGAAUGUUUUUCGUCUUACAGGAGACAUAUCUCAUCUUUUGGCUAUUAUAAUAUUGUUGGUGAAAAUAUGGAAAACAAGGUCUUGUGCAGGUAUAUCUGGAAGGAGCCAGAUUUUGUUUGCUCUUGUCUACACUGCUCGGUACCUGGAUCUAUUUACAAACUUUAUCUCUAUAUAUAACUCUACCAUGAAAAUUUUCUUCAUUGCUACAUCAUAUGCCACCAUAUACUUGAUGUAUGUGAAAUUCAAAGCUACGUAUGAUCGUAACCAUGACACUUUCCGUAUAGAGUUCCUUCUUAUCCCUGUUAUCAUUUUGGGACUUGUGGUUAAUCAUGAAUUUACUCCACUUGAGGUCUUGUGGACAUUUUCCAUCUACCUUGAAUCUGUUGCUAUUCUGCCUCAGUUGUUCAUGGUGUCGAAAACAGGAGAAGCCGAAACAAUCACUUCACAUUAUUUAUUCUGUCUUGGCUCUUACCGUGCUCUUUACAUUCUUAAUUGGGUCUAUAGAUACUAUUUUGAAGGAUUCUAUGAUCUUAUUGCUAUAGUGGCCGGAGUUGUCCAGACUGUGCUAUACUGUGACUUCUUUUAUUUAUAUAUUACAAGAGUAAUAAAAGGAAAAGCAUUGAAGUUGCCAGCUUAGAUUUUUUACCAGUAGGACAUGUUUAUCCUGGUCAUGGCUCAUGUUGGAUUCCUUUACGAGCAGGAAUUUAUUCAUAAUAAACAGUUUCUGUUGAUACUUCUGUGUGCUUUCAAAGUGUUGAAUUUCUGCAGGACAGACAAAUUAUCUAAACAUUAAUUUUCAUUGCACUUGAAACUUCUUUUCAUUUAUUAAUGUAAUCUAAUUUUCUCAGUUUUGUUCAGAUCCCAUUUUUUUAUAACAGUGGUUUAAAAAAGUUAAAUGCAAUGUGUGCAUAAUUUUUAAGCAGAACAAUGCAAAAAUAAUGUUUUUUUUAUGAAAUUAUAAUAUGGCAUACAAAACAAUAUAACAGAUAUGUUAUCUGUACAAGUGUUCAACUUUAUUGUAUUUUGUAAUUUCAUGCAACGUUUUACAUACAGCCUAGAUAUGAUUGUUGUUCAUUUUUUCAUUCUUCAUUUUUAUUCCAUUGCCUUGAUUAAAUUUAUUCAAGUUAGAAGUAUGUAUUGUUUCAGAGGAACUUUAGGCAGAGUAGACAUAAUUGAUUUGAGAACUUUAAUAGACUGCAACUGCCUAUUGAAUGAAAAGGGGACAACAUUUCAGCUUUUACACUGAGGCCUUGUUCAGGUCUGAAAGUAGGCUUCAUUAUAGAAGCCAAAAUUUCAUCCCAUUUUCAUUUAACAGGCAGUUGCAGUCUAUCAAAGUUAUCAAAAGUAUAUACAGUUUGAAAAUUUGAAAACUGAUUUUCACAACUAUUGUGUUAGUUUUUGCAAACAUUUCUGUUGUCCAUAUUGUCUUAGGAACUAACAGUCAAGAGGUAUUUCCUUGGUUUUACUGCGACUGUGUUUAGUUUGUAUUUUCCAGUUAUUCAGAAUGUAAAAGAAGUUGAUGGAGUUAGUACUGUAAAAUGCUAGAAAGAUGAAGUAUCUUUAUAACUACAAACACAUUUUGUUGAUUAAUUACAAAAAAUCUUGAAUAUAUUUAUCCAUUUGGUAAAACAAAUAUUUUCAAGUAAUCAAUGGAUAAAAAAUUUUAAAAAGUUGUUAAAUGAAUUUAGAAAAUUUUGAGAAAAAAAUAGUUGUCUUAAUACAGUGUAAGACUUAUUUUUGUGUAAUCAUUACUAUUGUUCUUGACUUUCAGACAUUUUCUUUGGACCUUGGAUACUUGAAUAACAAAUUGAAAUUUUUAAGACUUUUUUCUUUUCAAAACACAGUUACAUUUUUCCAGGAGUUUUUUCACAAAACUGUAUUUUCAUCUGACUUCCUCAAUUUUUUAUUCCAUUAUUUAAAGCUAGAAAUUAAUCGGUUUACUAUAGAAGAAAUUAAGGUUUUUCAUUAUAAGAGCUUGAAGUGAGAAUACAUUUUGUUUCAUUAUUUGGAUUAGGGUUUACCCUAUAUUCAAAAGUU